UUGCACACACUGCAAGCUGAACAGAUAAGCCGCAGACACAUCCCCUGCACACCCUGCUGUAAGUUAUAAACCUCCACAUCCCUGCCAGCCUGUAACAGUUGCCUCACCUGCACCAGGUCAGGAACUUAGGACCUGUCUGAUAUGAACAAUUCCCACGUGGAGGAAAGGGAUGGAGCAAUUUAAGAUUUCCCAGGCUUAAUAAAUGGAUGACAUGUCUGAUGGCUACCUCUGAAUUGUAAGAGUCACGGACUAAUUGGUUUCAAAUUCAGCCUCUGAAGGUGUGUCUGGGUUAGCUGUUAGUGCUACGGCAUGCAGGAUGGGCCAAAUUCGCUCGGAUUUAUCGCACAACACCGCCACCCCAGACAGGGCGAAGUGGAAAGCAGGCGAGACAUCUCAGCGGUUCCGUACCCACAGAAAUAGGAGCGGAGAAAAGCGACAGGGUGGCCAGGUCAACAAGAAUCCGAUGAAAAAUAAAGUGUUGUCGUGUCUGGGAAGGAGAAAGAGAGACUCCAGCCAAACAGAAAGGGGUUUCGGUUGCGGAAACGGAGCCGGAGAUCCAGCAACGCGCCGCGAUCACAGAGUAGGAAAGUUGCCGAGGGACGAGGUUGUGUCGGCGGGUGGGGAGCACCGAGCAGCCCCGGGUUGUUUCGAGACACCACCCGGCCUAGAUGAUAAUACCGAAGCUAUCCAACACACCGUGAGCCGAGAAGCAACGGCUGGCUCGUCCGAUGCGUCAGGUUUGGAAACACGGACCGGUGAAGUCAGCGGUGCGCUCUGCGAGGAGUCGAAACCCGAGCGGGAGGACAAUGCCUCGGAUCCCCCUGCAAGGGCCAUGGAAGAUCAGCCAGUGGGGGGAAACAACCAGGAUCGUUGUGUGUCUGAGGUUAGGGUACUAACGGGCGCUAGUCUGACUUCAGCCCCGGCGCUCACCUCUGACCCGGACACUGAGCGGACUUUGUCUCUCUUGCAACCUUUGGAUACCGGACUAUCGAUAACGGACGAUCACGUUGAGGCUAAAAUGACAAAAACUGGCCGUAGUACCGUUUCAUGUGCGCCCAGUGACCAAAACAACUGUUGUCCGGUUGAAACUAAGAGCCGAGCGGACUCUGAUCAGGCCCAUCAGGGUCCCCCAGAAGGCCCAACUUUCUCGGGGACCAUACCGAAACUCAUCAUAACCAGAGACCCCAGUCCGAGCCGCUCUCCGGGGACACCGACUCCGCUGACCGUCUCCACGGAUCUCAGCGCCGGCUCGUGUCUCGAACCUCACCCUGAGGACGAGUCUCCCUGCUCGGACAGCGGCUGCGGAGGGUCCCCUGCACUGAUGCGGUCACCGAGGAAACUGUCCAACUCAUCUUCCAUCGGCCUCUCAUCCGCAUCGUCCUUCGAGGAGUCAGAGGACGAUUUCACUGGCAGCGACAUCGAGUCCAGUCUGUCUCCGGCCCGGUCUCUGUGCAGCCCGGACGAUGGGACAGGGAAUAAGUCCUGGCAGAAGUUGAAGACUAUGGUUCACUGGUCCCCCUUCGUCGUGUCCUUUAAGAAGCGUUACCCAUGGGUGCAGCUAGCUGGCCAUGCAGGUAACUUCCAGGCAGGGGAGUACGGACGCUUGUUGAAGCGAUACUGUGAGUGUGAGCAGCUGUGCCUACAGAAGCUGAUGAAGGACGUUCUGCGUCCCUAUGUGCCUGGUUAUUAUGGUGUUGUACAGAGAGACGAGCAGGACUAUAACCUGAUGGACGACCUGCUGGCAGACUUCGACUCACCCUCCAUCAUGGACUGUAAGAUGGGUAGCAGGACAUAUUUGGAGGAGGAGCUCAUAAAAGCCAGAGAGCGUCCACGUUUGCGGAAGGACAUGUAUGAUAAGAUGGUCGCAGUGGACCCCGGAGCCCCUACAGAGCAGGAGAAGGCCCAGCAAGGUGUCCUCAAACCCAGAUACAUGCAGUGGAGGGAGACGCUCAGCUCCACAGCCACUAUGGGCUUCCGCAUCGAAGGCAUUAAGAAAGCUGAUGGAACCUGCAACACCAACUUUAAGAAGACAAAGCACAGAGAGCAGGUGAUGCAGGCUUUGGAGGACUUUGUUGAUGGCAACACUCAGAUUUUGAAACUCUACCUGCAGCGGUUGGAGGACCUCCGCUCAGUGCUUGAGCAGUCACUCUUCUUCAGGACACACGAGGUCGUGGGCAGCUCACUGCUGUUUGUGCACGACGCCUCGGGGAAGGCCAGAGUGUGGAUGAUCGACUUUGGGAAGACAGUUCCCCUGCCGGACCCUCGGACCCUGGAUCACAGGAGUCCAUGGGUGGAGGGCAACAGAGAGGACGGCUACCUGUGGGGGCUGGACAACCUCAUAGACAUUUUGAGCAGUAUGCUCCCACAGACACCUUGAGAGGGAGACUCAGAAGACUGCAAAGAAAGAUUGGUCCAUGUCCAGAUGGUGGAAGAGAUGCAAGAUCUGGGUAAUUUAAAGAAAAGGAAAGACUGACAGAGGAAUGAUUAGGAGGGUUUGAUUACUUUUUAUAAGACCCACAACAUGAUCCAAGUGUCCUCAUCCACUUGCACCUGUGUAAGAAGAGGAGGCAAAGCAAGUGCAGGAUUUCUAUUGCAAAGUGGAACAUGCUAAAGGCCAACCUCGUGCAUUAUGCUCCAUUUGUGGAACUUCGGGACAAAUAACCGACGAUAUUCAGUUGAAGCUAGAGCUUGUAGAAAGAGGAAGAGGGAGAAUUUAAUGCAGAGUUGUAACAUUUGCCACUGGGACUGUGAGAAUACAGUCAUCUGAAUUCAUGGACCUCCGACAGUCACUAUUUCCUGCAAAGACACACAUUUAACAUGACUCAUCUCCCUCUGCUGGUUAGAGUUGCACAGAGAACUCUGACAGCUAUGAAUCUGAUCCAGUGGUAUAGAACCUUUCUUACAUGGCUUUCGAGGAGUUUUGAUAAUGGGAGUUUUAUUGUUGUCAUGGACCAUUGUUGACAUUUAAAUAUACAACAACACUAAAACACUGGUCAGACCAUGUGUUAACUAACUCAGUGUGUAAAUACAAUUUUAUUUAAUUUUUUUGGCCUUGGUAUAACCUCCUUUACCUUGUUUGUACAAUUUCUGUGCCUAGCAUUUUUAAAGAAAGAGCUGUUUGAUCAUUCCAGUGCAGUGGACUCCUGCUGUUUUUCUUCCAAAGAGUUCACCCAAGUAUAAACUGAUUUACAUUUAUCCCAAAGUUGAACUCCUAAUAGAAACUGAAAGUGUUUUCUUAAUUGGAUUUUUGUAUGAUUUUGCGGUGAAAGUUUUUUUUUUCAAGUAACUGUACAUUAAGCAGCUUUGCAACCGUGUUUGUCUGGAAUUUGUUGCACUAUGGAUCCUCACAAAGCCAUGGAACAAAUCAAGCAUUGCCUCUGUGUGUCUUAAAAUGGGAAGCAGCAGUCAAGUACUGGGUUUACAGAUGCAGACCUUUAACAGUUCAACAUGAAUUUAAUUUGGUGUUAUCACUCGAUUCUCUCUGAUCAGCGUGGCUUUAGAUUUGCAGGGAGUUUUACAGUAAGGCAGUGGUGUUAAGGGUGAAAUGAAACUGGAAUUACCUGAUUAAACUGAUCAGUCUGUUAAGGCUUUCGUGUGAUUUCACUUACAUACCAACUAACACGUGAUCUUGAAACUGGAAAAUCUGAAUGUGUCUUAUGAUUCAAACUAUGACAAAUUAUUGAAUAGAAGAAUAUCAGUUUUGAACACAAGGACAUUGCUGCAAACCUCACUGAGCUAAACUAAACAGGAGGUUUGUGGGUUUGAAUUUUUGUAUGGAAGAUUAAGAGUUUACAAAGAAACAACACUGUUAUACUUAGAUACCAAGGCAGCCCUCAUGAUCAUAUCUGUCAUUCCUUGACUGGAAUGCAGCAGGUCGGUGAACAUAACAGUCUUCAGUCUUCCGGAUGUUCUGCGACAGUGUCAGGCAGCACUGUGUGUAUGUGUGUGUGUACACGAAGGCAGUUCACUUAGCACACAAAUUCUCGACAUGGAGUGCUGCAAACGUCUGACUUCAUGAAAUUGGAAUUCAAGUUCAGGAAAUAAGUUUUUUCAUCUAUAAAAUAAACAUGGAGGGAUAGAGAAAUAAUAGUGUUUACAAAGUCUUAUAUUUCUUUGCCCACAAAUCCUUUAUAUUUGUAAAAUGGCAAACUUUGAGGUUUUCAAACUGGGUGCUGCUUUGUAAGUAAGAAAACUGGAUUCAUAAGCACAUUUUGUAUUUUUAAAGGCAGUGUAUUUUAAAGUUGUAAAACACAGACAGACUGGUGAAAAUUGUUAAUAAAUCCCUGCUUUGUCCAGAAGGUCAUGGAUUGCAAUAAACUGGAAAUAUGA